CGGCUGUGUUUCUUCCUCUAGAGAGCAAGAUGGCAACGGGUGCAGAUGUGCGGGAUAUUCUGGAGCUGGGGGGUGUGGAGUCAGAGAACACGGGAACCAUCAGUAAGAAGGACAUCAUCAAUUCUGAUAAGAAAAAAUCCAAGAAAUCAUCUGAGACGCUGACAUUUAAGAGGCCGGAGGGGAUGCACCGAGAGGUUUAUGCACUUCUCUACUCCGAUAAAAAGGAUGCGCCUCCACUGCUGCCCAGUGACACGACGCAGGGCUACCGCACAGUCAAGGCAAAGCUGGGUUCCAAGAAAGUACGGCCCUGGAAGUGGAUGCCCUUCACCAACCCCGCGAGGAAAGACGGGGCGAUGUUCUACCACUGGAGGAGGGCUGCAGAGGAGGGAAAGGAUUACCCCUUCGCCAGGUUCAACAAAACAGUGCAGGUUCCUGUAUACUCGGAGCAGGAGUAUCAGCUGUACCUGCAUGACGACGCCUGGACCAAGGCGGAGACGGAUCACCUCUUCGACCUCUCCCGCAGGUUCGACCUGCGCUUCGUGGUGAUCCAUGACCGCUACGACCACCAGCAGUUCAAGAAAAGGUCAGUGGAGGACCUGAAGGAACGGUACUACCACAUCUGCGCCAAGCUGGCCAACGUCCGCGCUGCUCCGGGCACCGACCUGAAAAUCCCCGUCUUUGAUGCCGGCCACGAGAGACGUAGGAAGGAGCAGCUGGAGAGGCUGUACAACAGGACUCCAGAGCAGGUGGCAGAAGAGGAAUAUCUGAUCCAAGAGCUGCGGAAAAUUGAAGCCAGGAAGAAAGAGAGAGAGAAGAGAACCCAAGACCUGCAGAAACUCAUCACCGCUGCCGACACCACCACUGAGCAGAGGCGAGCAGAGCGCAAGGCUCCCAAGAAGAAGCUGCCCCAGAAGAAAGAGACAGAGAAGCCUGCUGUUCCGGAGACUGCUGGCAUCAAGUUUCCCGACUUCAAAUCUGCAGGUGUCACACUGCGGAGCCAGAGGAUGAAACUGCCAAGCUCGGUAGGACAGAAGAAGAUUAAAGCCCUGGAGCAGAUGCUGAUGGAACUUGGAGUAGAUCUCAGCCCCAUGCCGACGGAGGAGAUCGUGCAGAUGUUCAACGAGCUGCGGAGUGACCUGGUGCUGCUCUAUGAGCUCAAGCAGGCCUUCGCCAACUGCGAAUACGAGCUGCAGAUGCUGCGGCACCGGCAUGAGGCGCUGGCCAAGGCGGGCAGCCUUGGCCCCGUCGGCAUGGAGGGGGCUCGCGCAGACGGACAGGCCGGGCUCAGCAUGGAGGAGGGCAAGGGAGACGCCAAGGACCAGAUCAUUGAUGUGGUUGGAGCACCACUGACCCCGAACUCGACAGUUCCCGGUAUUGCCCAAGGCGAUUGGAAGAGCUGGGCCACGCACAGCAAGAGGAGGGUGAUUAAUAUCACUUGGUGACACAUUUGAAAGAUGGGGCUUUUGCCAUAUACAGCUGAUCAGAUGCACAUGCUCUUCUCCAUCAAUUCCAUGCCCUGCCAGCGAAGCCGCCAAGCCCCGACUCCUUUCUUUCCAGGCUGGGCUUUGGUUUUAAAUGUGCCUUUGGGCCUCUCCAUUGCCAAGGAUUUGAUCUGAUUUUUGAUAGGGCUUCUAUUCACGCCAUUGGACAAGUUCUCGGACCCUUGAAUUUCUCUGAUAAUGGAGCCUUAUGAGGCAGCCGGGCUGAGGCCUCUGAGGAAACCUCAUGUUGUUUUAAUGCUAAGCGGUGCAGAUUGCCCUCUGCUGAGUGCCCCGCCCAGACGGAGGUUCGCAGGGGGUGUCUGCUGGGGUGAGGGCAGGUGAAGCUCCCCCGUCACGUACGACUGGCAGUACACCUCUCUUCUGCCUCCCUUCCCGGGCUGCUGGCUCACCAGCAGUGCCACUGGAAGGCUGGGGGGGUGUGCAGCUGCCGCUGCUGCAUGUGCCUGUCCGGCCCCUCUGCAGCCGGCCAGGACAUGCGUUGGGGGUAAGCCCCAGAGCACAGGCCCUGCCAGUCACCUCACGGGAGUGCCACAUGCUGGUGCCGAACCUAGGGGCGGGAGUGAUUGAAAAGACAGGUUGGCUCAGCCGGGUGAUGCUGUGGGGCAGGACUGAGCCUGUAGCCCGUGCUCCCGGCCUUUCACAAGCCCAAAGAAUGGGCUCCAGGUGCUCCCCGCCCCUGAGGCUGGCCCUGACCUGGUAUUUAACCUCUAUUUUCCUUUGGUUCAUUUGAUCCCAUCCCUCCCUGUUGCCCCCCACUGGGCCCACCCUAGACGGUUCCUCUGGGAAGGAAGGCUGGGCUGGGGCUCGGGGAGCUGGGUUCACAGUGCGAGCCAGAGUGAGUCACUGGCUCUGCACCUCGGUUUCCCCUCCGUACCAUGGGGAUAGCAGCCCUGUCCUGGGGCAGGUGUGGAUUGGGAGCUCCUUGAUGUUACCCGUCCUGAGCUCACUGCUUCGGUGCCUCAGACAAGCUGCCUCGAGCCCUCCCAGA